AAUCCAUGAUGAACGUACAAGACACACGCAGUAUAAAUCAUGACUUCUGUAACUUUGGUUAAUACCUGUAGGCUAUUGCUUAGGCAAGCGAAAAACAGCAAGGUUUCUGGCACUCACCAUUCAGGAUGCUUGCCGAGGUUGGCGUCUCUCCACCACCAGCGACAUCAGUCAACAACAACCGUCACUUUGAUCCCAGGGGAUGGUGUUGGCCCAGAGCUGAUGGACUCUGUACAAACAGUGUUCAAGCAGAUGGCCAUCCCAAUUGAAUGGGAAGAGUUAUUCGUUAGUGAGAUUCACAAGUCGAGGAUGGUGAGCUUGGAGGAGGUGGUAGCGUCGAUCAAGCGUAAUGGCGUCUGCUUAAAGGGAGUCAUCUCCUCCCCUCACCGUGCUGACUAUGGGGAGCUGCAGUCAGUCAACAUCAAGAUGAGGCGAGCGCUAGAUCUGUUUGCAAAUGUUGUGCAUGCAAAGAGCAUUCCCGGGUUCCCGACGCGGCAUGAGAACCUGGACUUUGUUAUCAUUCGAGAGCAGCUGGAGGGAGAAUAUUCGGCGCUAGAGCACGAGAGUGUUCCAGGAGUAGUGGAAAGCUUAAAGAUCACUACUAGGGAACGAUCCUAUCGCAUAGCCAAGUUUGCAUUUGACUACGCUGUAAAACAUGGCCGCCGAAAAGUUACAGCAGUGCAUAAGGCAAACAUCAUGAAGCUUGGUGAUGGGCAGUUCCUAGAGUCAUGUGAGGAGGUCUCCAAGCUUUAUCCAAACAUUAGUGUCGACACAAUGAUAAUAGACAACUGCUGCAUGCAGCUCGUGUCCAACCCAUGGCAGUUUGAUGUGAUGGUGAUGCCCAACCUGUACGGCAACAUAGUGGACAACCUGGGAGCAGGGCUGGUCGGCGGGGCUGGAGUCGUGACCGGAGAAAAUUACAGCCAGGAUUCUGUCAUAUUCGAACCGGGGGCGCGGCAUUCGUUUCAGGAGGGUGUCGGGCGUAACAUUGCGAACCCGACUGCGGUACUGCUGGCAGCUAGCAAGAUGCUGGACCACCUGAACAUGCACGAGUAUGCCAGCCGGCUAGCCAACGCCGUCUACAACGUCUUCAAACUAGGAAAGGUGCGUACGCGGGACAUGGGGGGCCAGGCAACGACUACAGACUUCACCAACGCUGUGCUGGACACUAUAGACUAUGACGCCGCAACCUAAACACCGCAACUAAUUAGAUGCUAAUUGUUUCGUCAUGCCUGCGUUGAUUACAUGCAAUAUUGAUAAUCGAUAUCGGUGAUUGAUAUCGGUGGGAAAUGUGAAGAAUGGUGUUCAUAUCUUGGGUUCAUGCCAGUGCAUGGCCUUAAAAAUAAUCAUGCAUUUCAGACGAGGGAGCAAUUAAAGGGGGGACUGUAGUAGUUGUACAAACGAUAAGCAUUUGGUUCGGGAUUGCACCAUCGAUUUCUAUUAUCAACAGGUUUGCUUGCUUGUUCAUUUUCAUUGUAGAUAGUCUGAACCGAAAUGCUUUGUUCAAUUUCACUUGUCAUCAUGUCAUCUUAAGUGCAAUUUUCCUGAAUCAUGUUCACUUGUCUAAUUGCAUCAUGGGUGCUUUUAGAGAGCUGGACACAAAAGCUAAAUAAGAGAUAGCGUGCCAUAACACGCUAUAUUUCAAUGUCGAUAUAUGAAUAAUGUUGACAGGAAACCUCAUAAAAUUGGAACAAUUAUUUCACAAUAUAUAUAUAUACUACUAUAUUUAUUUACCUUUAGAAUUUUUAUUUAUAUAUAUUAAAAUUAUGGAUUUAAGUAUUAAUUUAGUUAUUUAUGGUGUUGUUUUAUCGUAUCCUAAAGCUAGGCUAAUAUGUUCUGAAACUCGAUCGUCUGUAGACCUUUUCAUCACGACCUUUGAAGAACAGUCAUGGUUUACUUCCAAUUUGAGUUGCAAAAUGUGACCAUCAAAAUCUGCAUGCAUUGCAUGCAUCAAAAUCCCAAUGCACAGAAUGCAUUGAGAACUAAUAUUGGGUCUUAAAAUUAGAUUUCUCCAUGCUAUCAGUAUCACGUACUGUAAACGACCGAAAUGAAAUUGGUUUUUAAAGCCUGGAAAAUUUGUCCGAAAUUCCUAAUAUUUUUACGAAGACGAGCAAGUUUCAGUGAAAGAGGCUAUCCUGUCUUUGUUGGCAUUUUCCUGCACUGCAUAGCUGGUUAGUGGCUGUGACAUGAGCUUGCUGUGCUGUGUGAACACACCACGAAGGGGAGUUCAAAGCGUCUCCCGUGGUCGAAGUUCUUGGACUUGUAGAAAGUAGCUGAAAUUAAUGUUUGCUUAGUCGUAAGAAGUUGUUGGCACACUUUGUCGAGUUUGCAGGAGUUGGCGUGCAAACAUUUUUCGCAGAUUUAUUUCAGUGAAAAUGUCUUUAUUUGUGUUGAAACCAACUUGUAUCGACUAGGUUAAUCCAGUAAUGAUUUAUGUUAUUGGCAUGCUUGUGUGUUUAGAUGAGUGGAGAACGAGGCAGAGCAGCAUGUAUGUAACUUAAAUGUAGAUAACGCGGCUUGCCGUCCAGUUAGCUCAUGUUCGGAGGAAGGAAGAUAUGUAGUCUAAUGCUCAGGGCUCAGAAAUGAACUUCGCAUGUUAUAUUACGACGUUAUAUUACGACGAUAUAAUAAUACCAGGAGUGAAUAAUAAUAGAUAAUCUAUUAUUAUUCACUCCUGACACUACUAUGGGAAUCUUGUGCUAUAGAUUGUUUAAUUGAUCAAUUAGAUCUCAUUGCGGCGAUCACUGCUAUGCUGAAACACACGGCUACUGACGCACGACCAUGAGCUUAGUGAGUGUAAAAACGUAUUGCUCCAUAAAAAACUAUUUUAUGUGUGCCAAGACUAAUACGCGUGCUAAUUGUUGUUUCAUAAGCUUCGCGAUUUAUGUUGCGUACACUGUACUUGUUAAUGUAAAUUAAAGUAUUGAGCGAACAUUUUUUUAGAUUUGUGAAA